AUGCGUUUAUUAAAUAUUAUUUUCUUUUGCGUUCUAUUUUCACCAAAAAAUGCAUGUGAUUAUACUUCAUAUUGUUCUUACCGACUGAUUGCGCAAGAUCGAAGAUUUGAUUUUAUUGAGUGCAUUUCAGCAGUUUUUCAAGCGUUUGUUAGUUGUCAAUCAAACGAAAUGGGCAAAGUGCACAUGUUACAUCCAUCAUCAGGUCGUGUUAAUUUCGAUAGCGUUCCAGCACAAGUGACAAACAAUAACAGCAGUGCGGAAGCAUCAAAAACUGCGAAUUCGGAUGAACAAGAUCGCUUAGCUGCAGAUAAACAGGACUUAGUAGAAAAAACGAAGAACGCUAUUGAUAUUGCAGCCGCAAGUGCAUCACAAACAGCAUCAAAUAAUGCAACAAACUCAUGA